CAGACAUGGCUCAGUCAAGCGAAGAAUUUCAGCAGGAGUUUCAAGUAGGGCUGAUAGAUAACUAUGUAGCAUACUCGGUACUGUGUCUCGUUUGCUACGAAUACGCAAUAACACUCGAUCAGGAAAUUGCGACGGCGUGGAAAAGGAAGUUCACGGUCUCCUCGGUGCUACUAUUCACCACCCGGUGGAACAUGCUUCUCGGUCCAUUUCUGAAUAUUAUACCCUCGUCACAAAAAUGGUGCAUCCCAGGAUACGCACUUAACACCCUCGGGUACUUUAUGAGUACAGUCCUGGUCUCAUCGUUCUCUGCUCUGCGUAUGUAUGCACUCUGGCAGGGGUCGCAGGCAAAAUAUGUCUAUCUUGCCAUCGUGCUGAUACUCGGAAUAGUUCCCAUUGGAACGAACAUUUUUCUGUGGACACGUAUUGUACUCUCUUACCUGGACGCUCCACCAAUUUUUUCAUGCAGUGGCACCGCCAACAUCUCACCGAAGCUGAACACAGAGUUGCUCUAUAUCACAAGAUGUAGCCUGAUCGCCGCUGACAUCAUCGUCCUCGUGCUGACGUGGAUCAAGUCAUUCAAGCAAUUCACGCAAAUGCGGCAGCUAAACCUCGGCCUUUCCAUUUCAGGUGUACUUCUCCGAGAUGGCACUCUGUAUUUUCUCGCCCUUCUAGCUAUGAAUAUUCUGCAACUCCU